AUGAAGGUCUCAAAGCUAGCUUUCCUCGUACUCGGGGUGACCCUCCUCUCCCUCGUCAGCGCAGAACCUACUGGCGGGAAAGGCAGAAUGCGCAACCCGGAGGCUUCAUGCUUCAUGAACCUCUAUGGGGUUACCAAGUUCGCGCCUUCGUCUCGCCGAUACUCAGGCAGAACGACAAACCUCCCCGACAAUGCAGACAUUGACGAGAUAUGCAGCAAAUUCUGGAAAGGACUGCAACAGUUUGGAGUCCACUGCGCGGCUUGGUCUCAUGAUGCGUAUCAUCACUACUGUGGCAAAGACAACGCACGCGACGGCGAGCUCGUGUGGCAAUUCGAAUCCGCCCUUGGUUGCAACAGAGGCAUGGUUUCAGCGGCGUGGUGGGAAGCCACUCACAACAAAUACGGCAGCUUGGAUAAGUGCCGUAGGACGAGCAGCGAAUCCAUCAUACCGCACCCUUAUCCGUUUUAG